UUGCUUUUCCUGCCUUGGAGCCUAGUCCCCCCCCCCCUCUAGUCUGGGCUAGCGCCCCGACGCGAGUCGAAGUGCCAGGGUACCGCUCAAGGGGGGGUCGCCAAACGUUUGGAAAGAAAGAAGGAAACCGGAGUGCGCCGCUCUCUUUCAAGGCGCCCAAACUUCGCUCUUCCCCCUGGCUUGGCUCGGGAAGAAAAUGCCCCAACUCAGCGGCGGAGGCGAUGACUUGGGAGCCAACGACGAGAUGAUCGCCUUUAAGGACGAAGGCGAGCAAGAGGAGAAGACCCAGGCCAACGUCUUCACCGAGGGGGACCUGGCUGACCUCAAAUCAUCCCUGGUGAAUGAGUCGGAAAGCGGUGGCGGCGGCGGCGGCAGCAGCAACCGUCAGGCGUCCAACUCAGCAACAACCGGAGCCGCCGCCGCCGCAGGAGCCCAUCCCGAGGCAAUCCGGCGGCUGCAAGAGCCCCAGAGGGUCUAUCCAGAGAAACUCCCGGAUCACAUGGACGAUGGUUUAAAACAUCAGGACCCAGGGAUGUAUAAAGGAUCUCCUUAUUCUGGAUACCCUUUCCUCAUGCUGUCUGAUCCUUACCUGCCAAAUGGAUCUAUGUCACCUUUGUCUAACAAGGUUCCCGUAGUACAGCCAUCUCAUGGGGUCCAUCCACUCACCCCACUCAUCCCAUAUAGCAAUGAACAUUUCAGCCAUGGCUCCCAUUCACCACACCUGCCAGCCGACAUCAACCAGAAACAAGGUGUACACCGUCCUUCUCAAACAUCAGAUAUUUCUGGUUUUUAUUCCCUCCCUCCCAGUGGGGUUGGACAGAUAACACCUUCUGUGGGAUGGCAGAGCCAACCUGUCUGCCCUUUCCAGUCAUGUGGAUUUAGACAGCCCUAUACGUCGGCGCUCUCUGCUGGGGCUACUUUCUCCAGGAUUACACAUCCUUUGGUGCUUAGCUCUGGAAUGCAUGCACCAGGCCUCCCACACCCAGGCAUCACAUCUCCAUCUGGGAAACAAGAAAUGGAUCAUUACGACCGAAGCAUGAAAUCACAAUCAGAACCAAAGAGAGAAAAGGAAGCUAAGAAGCCUACUAUCAAGAAGCCUUUGAAUGCUUUUAUGUUGUACAUGAAAGAAAUGCGGGCAAAGGUCAUUGCUGAAUGCACCUUGAAAGAAAGUGCCGCGAUCAACCAAAUUUUAGGAAGACGGUGGCACGCGUUGUCACGAGAGGAGCAAGCCAAGUAUUAUGAACUGGCCCGCAAGGAAAGGCAGCUUCACAUGCAGCUCUAUCCUGGCUGGUCUGCAAGAGAUAACUAUUCUUCUUCAGGCUCUCCAUCCCGUGAUCACAUACAGUUUAAUUCAGGGCCCCUGGAAUUCAGCAGCACUUCCUGGCCAGCUUCUGCGGCAAGGGGAAAAAAGAAAAGACGAACAAGAGAAAAGCAGCAAGAUUCCAAUUCAGAUCCUGCCUCUCCUAAGAAAUGCAGAGCUCGUUUUGGCCUCAACCAACAAAUGGACUGGUGCGGCCCAUGCAGGAGGAAAAAGAAGUGCAUUCGGUACCUACAAGGAAAAGGACACUGCUCCAGCCCAGUUUCUUCCAAUGGAAGUACUAUAGAUUCCCCUCCCUCCCCUGUGGAUGUGCUCCAGUGUACAUCCCCUGCUUUUAUUCCAAACAAGCUCGCUGUUCCUGCUGAUCUUAUACACCAAAACCAAGCCAAUCCUUCUUCUUUAUCUGCACAUCUCAAAACUGCUACAAGCACAUCAGGACUUCCUUCUAAUAAAUGUUCAACAAUGCCUCCUCAUAAAUCCAUAGUGCCAGGUGAAUCCUCAGGGCACGAUAUGGUAUCAAUAGAAACAUAGUACUAAUGUGAUAACAAGGCGCACAGAUUCAUCACGCACUUUGCUGAUUGGUUCUGCUGCAUACAGAAGCUACAGAGACAACUUCAGCCUGCCAUCAAAUGGUAUAGUCUUAAAGUCAGGCAAAAGCCAAAUCAGAAAACAAAAACACUGCAGCACUAAAAGUCUAAGUAAGGACAUCAACAGUCUCUUUGAAAAGUAUGAAGAUAAACUUAAUUCUGGUCAGUAACUGAAUUAUUUGAUCUCUUUUCCAACGGAGAUAAAAGCAAAAUAUACUGAUCUAAUUGCAGAUGAGAGGUGCUAUAAACGCUAAGGCAUUUAUUAAACUAUUAUAGUCAAAGUCCUGAGGUCCAGCCAUCCAAUACAUAUUAGACAUUACAAAAGCAGUUGUUGAAUGACAAGCUCAAAUGUUCCACAUAAAAUGUAUAAAGCAGCUUGUAAGAAACUAAAAUAUUUCAUUAUGCCUCAUCUUUGGGAUCAAGGGUGGAUUGCAUUAACAAUGUUUAUUCCAGCAGCUUUAUUAGGUGAUAAAAUAGGAGAACACUGGCUGUGAAAGUCUAGUAUUCCAGACAUAGGACUGUGUGCAUCACAAUUUUUCAGCUACAAAGAUUUUUUAUGCUAUCUACUGUAAAGUAUGCAAAACUCAAAAAUACUUAUUUUUCACAAUUUACCGUACUUUUGCUAUAUAAUCAAUGGGAAAUAAGAAAAGGAUAUAAACUGUGCCUCUAAUCACAAAAAAUUUACUCUGCAGUCUUUGUGACUUCUUAAAAACUUGCCAAGAUUUAUCCACCAUCUAUUUCAAGCCAAUAAUGAUAGCACACUGCCUAUAGAAUCAUUUCUGCAAUUGCAGUAUUGAAACCUAGUCAUAUUCCUCAUUCUAUGUUUCUCUCUUGUCCAUACUACAGGGAAGAUAUUUAUUUGAAAGUUAUAUGCUUCCCCAGAGCCCAAUUCAUUUACUGUGCUAAGCAAAGUUGAUUGCUUUGAACUUUAAACAUAGAAUCAACACAGAUGGUCUCCUUCUGGUGCUUACUUUAGGGAUGGUAGUUUUUCUCAGAAGACAAACACAGAGUCACACAUUGAUACCAAUCCCAACAUGCUGAGAUAAUAGUGGACAAAGGGUAGGAAAAUUCAUAAAAUAGAGUAACUGAAAUGGGCGAGUCACUUCAUUACAAUGGUAUUUCAACAAACCUUACAUUAACUUUUCUGGGAGUAAAGGAAGGUUACAAAAUCACAGCCCUGAAGAGUUUGCAAGUCUUAACUUUAUGGAUUUGAAACUUUCUCAACUUUAUGGACUUGAAACUAAACCAUUUCUCUUAACUUUAUGGAAUUGAAACUAAACCACUUCACUCCAUCUGAAAGGACCUCAUUUUCAGCAAGAUGAGACCGUAAUGCUGGCAGGUUAGUUUGAAAAUAGGGAGUAAGCAGACCAUAAAUGAAUCAAAGGUAGAAUUGCAGGUUGAUCCUCCUAAUAUUUGCAUGAUGUUCGCAUUCAAGUAUCUUACGAACUCAAGGGAAAGGAGAAGAAAAGUGAUUCCAAAUCUGAAUUUCUGAAUUAAUAUCAGAAACCUCAUUAAAUCAAGAGUAGAUAAGCCCUAAUCUCUCAGCCACUUUUUUCAGCCAUCUGACUUAACCAUCCAAUAUAAUAGUAUGACUGCUAAGAAUAGCUGGUAAUUCCCCCCCCCCCAAUUUUAGGGCAAAAACUCACCCAAAAAGUGUAGUAUAAAUCCUAAUAAUUCAGCUUCAAAAACUUAUCAGAGUUGGGAAAAUCCCAGGCCACAUACAUAUAUUUUACUUUAUGUGUGCCUUUGAGUUAGCUUUGAUCUACAAAACUACACAAAGAAAUCCAUGCAGUUUUCUUGGGAACAAUUUUCAGAAGUGGGUUGCCAUUGCCUUCAUCCUAUGGCUGAGAGAAUGUGACUUACACUAAGUCACAGUUGAUUUUGUGUCUACAAUAGGACUAGAACAGAAUCACCCAGCUUCCACUAGUGCCUUGAUCCAUACAUGGUCCUCCAUUAAAACCUUUAGUAACCCAAGAAAAACUAGGAGUGCCUUUUGGCAUCAAAAGAUUACCCAAAAUUGAUUUCAAGUCUAUGCAAGAGUACUUCCCCAAGAAUAUCAUCAUUUUGAAAUUUUAUUCUUUAAAAUGCUAUACUUGAUUUCUUCUUCCAGAAAGGCUCACUCAAUUGAUAGUUCAGAAGAACUCUGAAAUUAGUGAACUCCUCCUGACCCCAAUAUGAUAUAAGCAUAGCUCAUAAAGAGGCACUUCUGCAUUUGCACCUACAAUCAGAUGAGUACAUAACUAGAUAUGCAAAAAUGGAACUGAAUAACUAUUCAGUAUUAAUCAGCAUGGUUAUCAUUUAUGUGACUAGGAAGAUAAGCUAUUUUAGUUAAGACUAGAAAAG